AUGUCACAAAGAUAUACUGUCCCUACUUAUACUACUGGUAGUGGUAACCCAGUUACUUGCCCAUUCGCAACUGAAAGAAUUGGUACAAAUGGCCCUCUUUUGCUUCAAGAUAGUCAUCUUAUUGAAGUUUUGGCUAGUUUCAACAGAGAAAAGAUCCCUGAAAGAAUUGUUCAUGCCAAAGGUACCGGUGCCUAUGGUGUGUUUGAAGUUACACAUGAUGUCACUCAAUAUACAUGUGCUCAAUUUUUGCAGCCUAAUACUUCUUCAAAGGUUUUUGUUCGAUUCAGCACUGUAGGUGGUGAAAAGGGCUCUGCUGAUACUGCUCGUGAUCCGCGUGGUUUUGCUGUUCGAUUUUAUACUGAGGAAGGAAACUGUGACAUUGUCGGAAAUAAUACCCCGAUAUUUUUCUUGCGUGAUCCAGUGAAAUUUAGCCCUUUUAUUCACACCCAGAAACGCAAUCCCAAGACUGGACUAAAAGAUCCUAAUGCUCAUUGGACCUAUGUGGUGGAGCAUCAAGAGGCGCUUCAUCAAUACUUUUUGCUUCAUUCAGAUCGUGGCACACCUGCAUCGUACCGUGAAAUGCAUGGCUACGGGUCUCACACUUACAAGCUAGUUAAGGAGAACGGGCAAUUUGUAUACGUUAAAUUCCAUUUUAGAGCGGACCUUGGCUUCAAAACUUUGAGCGAUGAAGAAGCAACCAAGCUAGCUGGUGAUGAUCCAGAUCACCAUCGGCGUGAUCUUUAUGAAAAUAUUGAAAAGGCAACUUUCCAUCUUGGACUCUUUGCAUCAAACGAUGACUCCUGA